CAAUACUUCAGAGAAACCAUUCUCAACGAGCUCCGGAAAGCACGGGAGUUGUUCACGGGGUCGGAGCUGGCCUCAGAACUCAGCCGAAUUCAACGACGAUUGGACAACGUAGAGUGCCUUUCAGCUGACAUUGUCAUCAACCUGCUUCUGUCCUACAGGGACAUCCAGGUACAUUUUACCCUCUUUUACGCUUGUCGGAUGCUGUCGGCACAGUCAGUUUAGGCAGACUGCAUUGCCUCAGCAGUGAGCAUAAAUGUUUUAGGGCAUCCCUUGGCUACUAGAGGCAUUUCAGAAGGACUACCUGCCUGUGGAAUGCUGCAGGCCAAGCUUUUUGUCAUCUUUCUGUGGCUAAUCGUAAGGCUACUGCACUGCAGUCUGUUCUCUCUGCAUUGCGAUGCCAUUCACCCUACAGCCUCCCAUCCUGCCAGCCAUAGGCAGCCACCAGCCACAUUAAUAAAUUAUACAAACAACCAGAGCUACAAGGAGAAACGGAAUUAUUGAACAUGUUUUGGAUAAAUAUAUACUGGACAAGAAAUGGUGGAAGAGAGGACAUUUAAUUAUUGAAGUACUUGAAUAAGCCAACAGUGUCCUUCCCAAAGUACAGUAAAGUGACUUUGUAAGGGAACAUGGACAUAGACAUUUUAGGUUUCAUGUUGACUAUAGCAACCAAGAUGGCUGAGUAGUAGGUACAUUAUCUUUAAUCCAACUAUCUGUUUUUCUAUGUUUGUAUGUAACAUAGGAUUAUGAAUCUAUAGUGAAGCUGGUGGAGACCUUGGAGAAGCUUCCGACAUUCGACCCUGUGGCCAAUCCCCAUGUCAAGUUCCACUAUGCCUUUGCACUGAAUCGGUAAGACCCCCGGUAUGUCACACCUGGUUUGUCUACACACUCACACCCCUACACACAGAUGCACACACAGACGCAUGCAUGUGCUGAACAUGUGUGUCUGUGCUCUGAGUCGGAACAUCACAGAUGUUCAGCUUGGAAAGUAUUUUACUGCUUGCUCUUUAACAUGCUGCCUCUCUUGUAAACGCCCACUGGUUCUCAUGGUGCAACUAACUCCACCUGUAAUAAAGCAAGCUGCUCUUUCAUUUCGGAGCCAUUGGGAAAUUCCUGCAUGCUACAACGCAACAUUGGUGUCUAGCCAGUUAGGAUAACAUUUUGCUGCAUUUUAUACCCUCAAAGAAACAUAUUAAGAAACCUGUUGCACAUGCUUUGCAUAAUUGGGAAAACAUCGAAUGGCUAAAAAAUGAAGAUGGUUGCCAUGAGUCUGUGUGCUGGUUUGGACAGCAGCCCCUUUGUUCACAAUUUCCUCAACUGGAGGUGGUUCAUGACUCAGCAGUUUAGUGCACCAUUGCAAAAACUUGCCAUUAUCCUGCAACAAUUAAGCAUGAAUGAUGAGAAUGAAACAGCGUUUUCUGUUGAGUAAUUGGGUUAAGCUGGUGAGAAAACAGCAGCAGCAGGGAUGUAAGUGCUAGGGUUGAAGCCUUGCCUGUUGCACAAUCUAGGCUAGGCUGACUCACUGUUUAGCUUCGCCCCCCUCCAGUUGCCCUUCAGUGGCACUCUGGUGUGAAGUGAAAGCUGGGGAGAGGAAAUAGCUGCCCGUUCUUAUGCUUAUUUAACAUCCAUCUCUAUGGCUGUGUUGAGAUCCAUAUUAGUGUGCCCAUGCCAACUACGUUUUUCCGACCACUAGGCUCACACUGGGAUGCUGUACGGCUGCCUUGUGAAAGAACCUGUGGAGACUUUGUUGUCCCCCUUUGGGACACAAAGAAGAGGGAUAAAGAGGGGGCAUAAGAAAACUGCAAGACUAAUCAGAUAAUUAUAUUUGAUAUUCAGACAAUGUAUGAUCAAAAUAGAAUGCGAUCCGAGGGAGGGAUAGAAUUUAGCUCCCGUUCGCUUGGUAAAGCAGCAUUGCAGUAUGGAUUACGAAUGACUGCUGACAGAUAGAGUGCUGAUCAUUACUGCCUGCAUUACUUCCGUCCUUGCUAAUACCAUUAAACCCUGACACUCCAACACAGGAGUUAGUUGGCCAGGUCUGUAGGGAGGUAGUUGAACACACUACCCUCAUGAUAUUUAAUCUACAGCCUUUUGAUGGCUUCCUCUCUGCCAAGACAUAGCGCUUUGGUGUUACCUACACACACACACGCACACGCACAUGCACACACACACACACACACACACACCGGCUUGUUUCCUGUUUAUUCAUCCCCCUCUCUCAGUUUAGACCCUAAGAGAGAGAGCGACACCCCCAGACAAACUCACAGUACAGUGCAUUCAGAAAGUAUUCAGACCCCUUGACAUCUCCACAUUUUGUUACGUUACAGCCUUAUUCUAAAAUGUAUUAAAUGAAAUGUUUUCCUCAUCAAUCUACACACAAUAUCCCAUAAUUACAAAGUGAAAACAGGCUUUUAGAAAUGUGUGCAAAUUGAUAAAAAAAUAAUAAUAAAGAAAAUACCUUAUUUACAUAAGUAUUCAGACCCUUUGCUAUGAGACUCGAAAAUUGAGCUCAGGUGCAUCCUGUUUCCAUUGAUCAUCCUUGAGAUGUUUCUACAACUUGAUUGGAGUCCACCUGUGGUAAAUUCAAUUGAUUGGACAUGAUUUGGAAAUGCACAUACCUGUCUAUAUAAGGUCCCACAGUUGACAGUGCAUGUCAGAGCAAAAACCAAGCCAUGAAGUCGAAGGAAUUGUCCGUAGAGCUCCGAGACCGGAUUGUGUCGAGGCACAGAUCUGGGGAAGGGUACCCAAAAAUGUCUGCAGCAUUGAAGGUCCCCAAGAACACAGUGGCCCCCAUCAUUCUUAAAUGGAAGAAGUUUAGAAACCACCAAGACUCUUCCUAGAGCUGCCUGCUGGCCAAACUGAGCAAUCGGCGGAGAAGGGCCUUAGUCAGGGAGGUGACCAAGAACCUGAUGGUCAUCUGACGGAGCUCCAGAGUUCCUCUGUGGCGAUCGGAGAACCUUCCAGAAGGACAACCAUCUCUCCAGCACUCCACCAAUCAGGCCUUUAUGGUAGAGUGGCCAGACGGAAGCCACUCCUCAGUAAAAGGCAUGACAGCCCACUUGGAGUUUGCCAAAAGGCACCUAAAGGACUCUCAGACCAUGAGAAACAAGAUUGUCUGGUCUGAUGAAACCAAUAUUGAACUCUUUGGCCUGAAUGCCAAGCGUCACUUCUGGAGGAAACCUGGCACGAUCCCUACGGUGAAGCAUGGUGGUGGCAGCAUCAUGCUGUGGGGAUGUUUUUCAGCGGCAGGGACUGGGAGACUAGUCAGGAUCGAGGGAAAGAUGAACGGAGCAAAGUACAGCGAGAUCCUUGAGGAAAACCUGCUCCAGAUCGCUCAGGACCUCAGACUGGGACCUCCAACAGGACAACGACCCUAAGCACACAGCCAAGACAACGCAGGAGUGGCUUCAGGACAAGUCUCUGAAUGUCCUUGAGUGGCCCAGCCAGAGCCCGGACUUGAACCUGAUCGAACAUCUCUGGAGAGACCUGAAAAUAGCUGUGCAGCGAUGCUCCCCAUCCAACCUGACAGAGUUUUAGAGUAUCUGCAGAGAAGAAUGGGAGAAACUCCCCAAAUACAGGUGUGCCUUGCUUGUAGCGUCAUACCCAAGAAGACUCGAGGCUGUAAUUGCUGCCAAAGAUGCUUCAUCAAAGUACUGUGUAAAGGGUCUGAAUACUCUUGUAAAUGUACUAUUUCAGUUUAUUUUCAAAAAAUCCAUUAUGGGGUAUUGUGUGUAGAUUGAUGAGGGAAAUUAACAAUACAAUACAUUUUAGAAUAAGGCUGUAUUUUGCCCUCCUCAGUCCUCACACACUUCACAGAUGAGUCACAUCAAACCCAGUGGCACAAGAGAGGCAGGGAAAGUGACAAGAGAAUGUAGCUACCUAGGAAAGUAACAAGAGAAUGUAGCUAGCUAGCUAACAUACACUGCAUGCAUGUAUUCACUAGGCAACUAGCUUUAUUGUUUUUAAUCAGAUAAUAUUAAAAUGUCCUACCUUCAAACUAGUUGGGAAAGAGUGUUUUUUCCUGUAAAGUCAGUUGCCCUCUCUUCUUUAGUCCCUGAAAAAAGUCAUUAGCUGGCUAGCAAGUUCACCAAUUCACUGCCCAGGUCUUCAUAAUUUACACAUUCCUGAAUUUACAAAAAAAAUGGUUAGUUUAGUUGUUCAUCUAGCUAAACAGCUGAUAAACAAAUUUGGACGAAUGCUUGCUAGAUCGCGUCAAAAGUUAGCUAACUUAGCCAGCUAGCAAGCUCAGUGUUGUACGAAAGUAAUUUGUUGAACAUUCAUAACAUAAUUUGGUGAAUAAAUAAACGUAAUACUCACAUUUUAUGAAGUUAUUCCUCAUUCUUCUGGAAAAUCUUCUCUGAAGGGGGGACUUCCGUCCACCAUUAGUUUUUGCCGGAAGUUGGGAGUUGUAUCUGUGGCGCAAGGUGUUAUGCGAUAUCUAUGGAAUCCCAUUCUCGACACCCAAUUAAAUGUGAAUACUAACUCAACGUUUUGAGAUACUAACUCGACAUUUUGAGAUAGGUAAGUAAGAAGUUUGAGAUGCUAAGUUUAAAAAAGGAUACUAUCUAAAGAAAUUGAGAUACUAACCAAAAAGUUUGAGAUAGUAGAUUGUACAUACAGUGUGGAGAAGGAGUAUUUGAUACACUGCCGAUUUUGCAGGUUUUCCUACUUACAAAGCAUGUAGAGGUCUGUAAUUUUUAUCAUAUGCACACUUCAACUGUGAGAGAUGGAAUCUAAAACAAAAAUCCAGAAAAUCACAUUGUUUGAUUUUUAAGUAAUUAAUUUGCAUUUUAUUGCAUGACAUAAGUAUUUGAUACAUCAGAAAAGCAGAACUUAAUAUUUGGUACAGAAACCUUUGUUUGCAAUUACAGAGAUCAUACGUUUCCUGUAGGUCUUGACCAGGUUUCGCACACACUGCAGCAGGGAUUUUGGCCCACUCCUCCAUACAGACCUUCUCCAGAUCCUUCAGGUUUCGGGGCUGUCGCUGGGCAAUACGGACUUUCAGCUCCCUCCAAAGAUUUUCUAUUGGGUUCAGGUCUGGAGACUGGCUAGGCCACUCCAGGACCUUGAGAUACUUCUUACGGAACCACUCCUUAGUUGCCCUGGCUGUGUGUUUCGGGUCGUUGUCAUGCUGGAAGACCCAGCCACGACCCAUCUUCAAUGCUCUUACUGAGGGAAGGAGGUUGUUGGCUAAGAUCUCGCGAUACAUGGCCCCAUCCAUCCUCCCCUCAAUACGGUGCAGUCGUCCUGUCCCCUUUGCAGAAAAGCAUCCCCAAAGAAUGAUGUUUCCACCUCCAUGCUUCACAGUUGGGAUGGUGUUCUUGGGGUUGUACUCAUCCUUCUUCUUCCUCCAAACACGGCGAGUGGAGUUUAGACCAAAAAGCUCUAUUUUUGUCUCAUCAGACCACAUGAGCUUCUCCCAUUCCUCCUCUGGAUCAUCCAGAUGAUCAUUGGCAAACUUCAGACGGGCCUGGACAUGCGCUGGCUUGAGCAGGGGGACCUUGUGUGCGCUGCAGGAUUUUUAUCCAUGACGGCGUAGUGUGUUACUAAGGGUUUUCUUUGAGACUGUGGUCCCAGCUCUCUUCAGGUCAUUGACCAGGUCCUGCCGUGUAGUUCUGGGCUGAUCCUUCACCUUCCUCAUGAUCAUUGAUGCCCCAUGAGGUGAGAUCUUGCAUGGAGCCCCAGACCGAGGGUGAUUGACCGUCAUCUUAAACUUCUUCCAUUUUCUAAUAAUUGCACCAACAGUUGUUGCCUUCUCACCAAGCUGCUUGCCUAUUGUCCUGUAGCCCAUCCCAGCCUUGUGCAGGUCUACAAUUUUAUCCCUGAUGUCCUUACACAGCUCUCUGAUCUUGGCCAUUGUGGAGAGGUUGGAGUCUGUUUGAGUGUGUGGACAGGUGUCUUUUAUACAGGUAAAGAGUUCAAACAGGUGCAGUUAAUACAGGUAAUGAGUGGAGAACAGGAGGGCUUCUUAAAGAAAUACUAACAGGUCUGUGAGAGCCGGAAUUUUUACUGGUUGGUAGGUGAUCAAAUACUUAUGUCAUACAAUAAAAUGCAAAUUAAUUACUUAAAAAUCAUACAAUGUGAUUUUCUGGAUUUUCUAUGAUAAAAAUUACAGACCUCUACAUGCUUUGUAAGUAGGAAAACCUGCAAAAUCGACAGUGUAUCAAAUACUUGUUCUCCCCACUGUAUAAAACCAUUUUACAACUGAUUAAUCACUAUGUCAUACUCUACACCUACACUAGAGUUUUACCUGGUUAAGUUAGCCCUAGGAAAAAAAAAGUUUGUGCCCUAGGAAAAAAUAAUUCACCCGACCACUCUGGGACUUGUUGUGCCAUCUUUGAAAUCACCACACAAUGCUACAAAUGAAGAAACAUAUCCUAUUAGUACGGCCUACUAUCUCCAAAUUUCGGAUUAGUAUCUAAACAUUUUUACUUAGGUGUAUCAACAUUUUUACUUGCAUAUCUCAGAAUUACAAGUUUGUAUCUCAAAAUGUUUACUUAGGAUUUCAAAAUGUGGAAUUACGUAUCUCUAAAUUUCGAGUUAAUACUGUAUCUCUACAUUUUGAGUUAGUAUCAUUUUUUUUAAAUAAUAAUUGUGGCUUCCAUAGAUAUCCUACCUAAGGAAACAACCAGAGGAAGAGGCGAAGUCAGUAUAUUCUAAAAUCUUUGAUAGGUCUACAUUGGAUGCUGACUCAAAAUCGCCCAAAUGAAGGUAGGGCCUACCUUAGAGAAGGAAGAAUUUGAAGGUACCUUGGGAAUAGUACAUGGUAAUUUUAACAUCCUUCCUUUAUGCACUAUCCUUGCCGAUUGAUGGCACCCUGUUCCCUAAAUACAGUGCCUUCAGAAAGUAUUCACACCCCUUGACUUUUUCCACAUUUUCUUGUGUUACAGCCUGAAUUUAAAAUUGAUUACAUUGAGAUUUUGUGUCACUAGCUUACACACAAUACCCCAUAAUGUCAAAGUGGAAUUAUGUUUUUAGAAAUGUUUGCAAAUUAAUUAAAAAUGAAAAGGUGAAAUGUCUUGAGUCAAUAAGUAUUCAACCCCUUUGUAAUGGCAAGCAAGCCUAAAUAAGUUCAGGAGUACAAAUUUGCUUAACCUUUUACUGCAAUGGGUUAAAUCAGGGUCACACAGAGUGUUUCUUGGUAGUCUUAAACAAAUCUACUUUGAAACAAAACUAUACACCUCACACACAUGGUUAUGGACUUUAAGAAAAGAAGACACCUGUACCAUGUCAGAUAUAGAGUUGAAAUGUAUGACAUUUUGAGUUUGCAUCACAAUAUGACACUUUAUAUACAGUACAUCGCAGAAGACUGAAAUAUAACAAAACCGUUUGACAUAGAAACACUGGACUUUCUGUGCUUUAAAAAAUUAACUUUAUUUAUUAUGAAAUUAUAAAAAAUAUUAUUAACAUUCCAUCCACAAGAGGGUGAUUUGGUCAUUUGACUGCAGGUAUUAACAAGUCACAUAAUAAAUUGCAUGGACUCACUUUGUGUGCAAUAAUAGUGUUUAACAUAAUUUUUGAAGGACUGCCUCAUCUCUGUACCCCACACAUACAAUUAUCUGUAAGGUCCCUUAGUCGAGCAGUGAAUUUCAAACACAGAUUAAACUAGAAAGACCAGGGAGGUUUUCCAAUGCCUCGCAAAGAAGGGAAGCUAUUGGUAAAAAACAGACAUUGAUAUUCCUUUUCAGCAUGGUGAAGUUGUUAAUUACACUUUGGAUGGUGUAUCAAUACACCCAGUCACUACAAAGAUACAGGUGUCCUUCCUAACUCUGGAGAGGAAGUAAACCGUUCAGGGAUUUCACUGUGAGGCCAAUGUUGACUUUAAAACCGUUACAGAGUUUAAUGGCUGUGAUAGGAGAAAACUGAGGAUGGAUCAACAACAUUGUAGUUACUCCACAAUACUAACCUAAAUGACAGAGUGAAAAGAAGGAAGCCUGUACAUAAUACAAAUAUUCCAAAACAUGCAUCCUGUUUGCAGUAAGGUGCUAAAGUAAAACUGAAAACAUUUUGUCAAAGAAAUUAACUUUAUGUCCUGAAUACAAUGUUAUGUUUGGGACAAAUCCAACACAACACAUCACUGAGUACCACUCUUCAUAUUUUCAAGAAUGGUGGUGGCUGCAUCAUGUUAUGGGUAUGCUCGUCAUAGGCAAGGACUAGCGAGUUGUUUAGGAUAAAAGAAACGGAAUAGAGCUAAGCACAGGCAAAAUCCUAGAGGAAAAGCUGGUUCAGUCUGCUUUCCAACAAACACUGGGAGACAAAUUCACCUUUCAGCAGGACAAUAACCUAAAAUACAAGGCCAAAUAUACACUGAAGUUGCUUACCAAGAUGACAUUGAAUAUUCCUGAGUGGCCUAGUUACAGUUUUAACUUAAAUUGGCUUGAAAAUCUAUUGCAAGACUUGAAAAUGGCUGUCUAGAAAUGAUCAACAAUCAACUUGACAGAGUUGAAUAAUUUAUAUAUAUAUUUUUUAAUAAUAAAGUGCAAGUAUUGUACAAUCCAGGUGUGCAAAGUUCUUUGAGACACACAGCUGUAAUCGCUGCCAAAGGGUAUUCUAACAUGUAUUGACUCAGGGGUGUGAAUACUUACACUACAUGACCAAAAGUAUGCUCAUCGAACAUCUCAUUCUAAAAUCAUGGUCAUUAAUAUGGAGUUGGACCCCCAUUUGCUGCUAUAACAGCCUCCACUCUCCUGGGAAGGCUUUCCACUAGAUGUUGGAACAUUGCUGCAGGGACUUGCUCCCAUUCAGCCACAAGAGCAUUAGUGAGGUCGGGCACUGAUGUUCGGCGAUUAGGCCUGGCUGGCAGUCGGUGCUCCAAUUCAUCCCAAAGGCGUUCGGUGGGGUUAAGGUCAGGGCUCUGUGCAGGCCAGUCAAGUUCUUCCACACCGAUCUCGACAAACCAUUUCUGUAUGGACCUCGCUUUGUGCACGGGGGCAUUGUCAUGCUGAAACAGGAAAGGGCCUUCCCCAAACUGUUGCCACAAAGUUGGAAGCACAGAAUUGUCUAGAAUGUCAUUGUAUGCUGUAGCGUUAAGAUUUCCCUUCACUGGAACUAGCCCGAACCAUGAAAAGAAGCCCCAGACCAUACAGUGCCUUGCAAAAGUAUUCAUCCCCUUGUCGUUUUUCCUAUUUUGUUGCAUUACAACCUGUAAUUUAAAUUGAUUUUUAUUUGGAUUUCAUGGAAUGGACAUACACAAAAUAGUCCAAAUUGGUGAAGUGAAAUUAAAAAAAUAAUUCUAAAAAAAUCAAUAAUGGAAAAGUUGUGCGUGCAUAUGUAUUCACCCCCUUUGCUAUGAAGCCCCUAAAUAAGAUCUGGUGCAACCAAUUACAUUCAGAAGUCACAUAAUUAGUUAAAUAAAGUCCACCUGUGUGCAAUUUAAGUGUCACAUGAUCGGUCACAUGAUCUCAGUAUAUAUACACCUGUUCUGAAAGGCCCCAGAGUCUGCAACACCACUAAGCAAGGGGCACCACCAAGCAAGCAGCACAAUGAAGACCAAGGAGCUCUCCAAACAGGUCAGGGACAAAGUUGUGGAGAAGUACAGAUCAGGGUUGGGUUAUAAAAAAAUAUCAGAAACUUUGAACAUCCCACGGAGCACCAUUAAAUCCAUUAUUAAAAAAUAGAAAUAAUAUGGCACCACAACAAACCUGCCAAGAGAGAGCCGCCCACCAAAACUCACGGACCAGGCAAGGAAGAAAUUAAUCAGAGAGGCAACAAAGAGACCAAAGAUAACCUUGAAGGAGCUGCAAAGCUCCACAGUGGAGAUUGGAGUAUCUGUCCAUAGGACCACUUUAAGCCGUACACUCCACAGAGCUGGGCUUUACGGAAGAGUGGCCAGAAAAAAGCCAUUGCUUAAAGAAAAAAAUAAGCAAACACGUUUGGUGUUCGCCAAAAGGCAUGUGGGAUACUCCCCAAACAUAUGGAAGAAGGUACUCUGGUCAGAUGAGACUAGAAUUGAGCUUUUUGGCCAUCAAGGAAAACGCUAUGUCUGGCGCAAACCCAACACCUCUCAUCACCCCGAGAACACCAUCCCCACAGUGAAGCAUGGUGGUGGCAGCAUCAUGCUGUGGGGAUGUUUUUCAUCGGCAGGGACUGGGAAACUGGUCAGAAUUGAAGGAAUGAUGGAUGGCGCUAAAUACAAGUAAAUUCUUGAGGGAAACCUGUUUCAGUCUUCCAGAGAUUAUAGACAGACAGAGAUUCCAGCAGGACAAUGACCCUAAGCAUACUGCUAAAGCAACACUUGAGUGGUUUAAGGGGAAACAUUUACAUGUCUUGGAAUGGCCUAGUCAAAGCCCAGACCUCAAUCCAAUUGAGAAUCUGUGGUAUGACUUAAAGAUUGCUGUACACCAGCGGAACCCAUCCAACUUGAAGGAGCUGGAGCAGUUUUGCCUUGAAGAAUGGGCAAAAAUCACAGUGGCUAGAUGUGCCAAGCUUAUAGAGACAUACGCCAAGAGACUUGCAGCUGUAAUUGCUGCAAAAGGUGGCUCUACAAAGUAUUGACUUUGGGGGGCGUGAAUAGUUAUGCACGCUCAAGUUUCCAGUUUUUUUGUCUUAUUUCUUGUUUGUUUCACAAUAACAAAUAUUUUGCAUCUUCAAAGUGGUAGGCAUGUUGUGUAAAUCAAAUGAUACAAACCUCCCAAAAAUCUAUUUUAAUUCCAGGUUGUAAGGCAACAAAAUAGGAAAAAUGCCAAGGGGGGUGAAUACUUUCGCAAGCCACUGUAAUUCCUCCUCCACCAAACUUUACAGUUGGCACUAUGCAUUGGGGCAGGUAGCGUUCUCCUGGCAUCCGCCAAACCCAGAUUCGUCCGUCCCAUUUCAUGAAGCUCCCGACAAACAGUUAUUGUGCUGACAUUGCUUCCAGAGGCAGUUUGGAACUCGGUAGUGAGUGUUGCAACUGAGGACAGAUAAUUUUUUAGGUGCUUCAGCACUCAGCGGUCCCGUUAUGUGAGCUUGUGUGGCCUACCAAUUCGCGGCUGAGCCAUUGUUGCUCCUAGACAUUUCCACUUCACAAUAACAGCACUUACAGUUGAUCGGGGCAGCUCUAGCAGUGCAGAAAUUUGACAAACUUACUUUUUGGAAAGAUGGCAUCCUAUGAAGGUGCCACGUUGAAAGUCACUGAGUUCUUCAGUAAUGCCAUUCUACUGCCAAUUUUUGUCUAUAGAGAUUGCAUGGCUUUGUGCUCAGUUUUAUACAUUUGUCUGCAACGGGUGUGUCUGAAAUACCCGAAUCCACCAUUUUUGGAGGGGUGUCCACAUACUUUUGUAAAUGAGAUAUUUCUCAUAUUUAAUUUUCAAUACAUUUUCAAAAUUCACUUUCACUUUGUCAUUACGGGUAUUGUGUGUAAAUGGGUGAGUUUUGAAUUCAGGCUGUAACACAAGAAAAUGUGGAAUAAGUCAAGGGGUAAGAAUAAUUACUGUAGUCCACUAUACCCUGUUCAAAAGUAGUUCACUAUAAAUGAAAUAGGGUGCCAUUUGGGACUCGCCCCCUGUCUCUGACCAUUGGUUAUUCCCUCUGAUUUGUUGUUCAGGAGGAACCUCCCGGGGGACCGUCAGAAGGCCCUGGACAUUAUGCUGCCCCUGGUGGAGUCUGACGACCAGGUGGCCUCAGACAUCUACUGCCUGGUGGGACGCAUCUACAAGGACAUGUUCCUGGAGUCCCACUUCACUGAUACCAAGAGCAGGGACAGUGGCACGGCCUGGUGAGAGCCACACACACACACACACACACACUGGUGAGAGCCUGGCUGCUGAUGAGGGUAAUUACAAACCUCUCACUCACUCCUCCCCAGCUAGAGAAGUAGAGAAAGAGAAGUCCUCCACCUCUCAACUACAGCUAACGGCCAGCAGUGUCAUCUGACUCGGAGCAAAGAGCCUGCAGGUUAUUCUGAAAGUAGCUGAUUUGAAACAGCAGCACCAGUGAUAUUCUAAAGAUACCUGCAGUCUUCCUGGAAUGGUUAUGUCUCUCAUCAGGCCAAUUUUAUGGCAUCUCGUUAGAAUAACUCCCCAUUGGGCUGUCCAUGUCCUCUGUUCCAACCCAGAUGACAUCUUUGGAGAGCCUUCUCGUGUUAUUCACACUCAUUCCCUCAGUGGAACAGAUUGCUCAUUAAGUAAAUGAGGUUUUUGUCUGUGAGAGUCAAGCUUUGUGCAAUAAAUGGUUCCUCUGUGCACCGUGCUCAAUAAUGCUGUAGUUAUUUUGGAUGCUUUUUACAAAAGUAGGGAGGAAGUGACAAGACUCUAAAGUUCUCACCAAGGACACAUCAGAAAUUACUGUAGGAGCAUAAAGUUAGAUUUAAAAAUGAAGCAUUGUGUGUAAUAUUGGUGAUUCUAAGUCCGCUUCUCUGUCCUUCCUCUCAGGUUUAAAAAGGGGUUUGAGUCUGAGCCGACACUACACUCUGGCAUCAACUACGCUGUUCUACUCCUGGCAGCGGGACACCAGUUUGACGCCUCCUUCGAGCUCCGCAAAGUCGGUAAGUAUUGACUAACACUUUAUUCUCCUUGAUAUCUGUUUUGCCUUGAGCUGCCUGAUGGUGCAUUGGACUUGGCUUGCUAUUCUGUUUUUCAUUAGAGCUGCUGAUGACUAAUAAUAAUGAAGUUACUGAUCUGCAUUCUCCCCGCACUGCAGUUACCCUCAUGUCAUAAAGUGUGAGAUCAGUAUCUACUCAUGUGACAGAUACUGCUCAUUCAAACGAACAGCCUGCUUAUGAUGAGACAGUCCCAUAAAAGGUAGUCUGGGUGUGAACAGAGAGUCUGCUACUCUACUGCGGGGGUUAAUAUGAAACAUCCGAUUUUACAUAACAAUGACGUUUCCAUUUUUUAUUUUUUUUGCAAGGGAGUUUUGUGCUGUUUGGCUCCCAAUCCUCUGUGUUUGCUGUGAAAUCUGAGGCUCAGAAAGUAACUCAGGAAUGUGAGAAACAGGACAGACAGGCCUGGGAAUCAGCCGUGGGCCCCCUCCCAGUCCCUGCCCCCUUUCCUACCCUCCUCUACUCUGCCCCAGGCUACAUGAGUAGAACAUGUAGUGGCAGCUUCCCUCAGCGAGGCCGAAAACAACCAUGUUCCAUUAUCACUCUGCAAUGUAGUAGCAACAUGGCAACCAACUACAUUGAAUGUUAAGACUUAUCCACAGAGGGCAUUGAGAUCCUCCAAGCUACAUUUCAGGUGAAAUGCCUGACAUGAGGGUAGGCUACUAGGCUAUACAGUGCCCAGCCCAUUCCCAAACCCUUGAAAUAACACACGGUAUAAAAAAGAACACAAGAUAUGGCAAAUUAUGUACCUUGACAAAGACCUUGCACAAUAAAACUCUGGGAGCAUUCAACAGUGUUCAGUAUCUUCCUUUUAUAUUAUUAUAAUCUGUCCCUGACCUGACCUUGUUCUCCUUUUCCAGGAGUGAAGCUGAGCAGCCUGCUGGGGAAGAAGGGAAGCCUGGACAAGCUGCAGAGCUACUGGGAUGUGGGCUUCUUCCUGGGGGCUAGCAUCCUGGCCUGUGACAACACCAGGGUCAUACAGGCCUCUGAGAAACUCUUCAAACUCAAGGCCCCAGUCUGGUGAGGGAGGGUGCUGUUUUCGUAUAUAUAUUUUUUUACAUGUAAAGAUAAACAUAUACACUGAGUGUACAAAACAUGCUCUUUCCAUGACAUAGACUGACCAGGUGAAUCCAGGUGAAGGCUAUGAACCGUUAUUGAUGUCACUUCUAAAUCCAUUUCAAUCAGCGUAGAUAAAAGGGAGGAGACAGGUUAAAGAAGGAUUUUUAAGCCUUGAGACAAUUGAGACAUGGAUUGUGUAUAUGUGCCAUUCAGAGGGUGAGUGGGCAAGACAAAAGAUUUAAGUGCCUUUAAACGGGGUAUGGUAGUAGGUGCCAGGCGCACCGGUUUGUGUCAAGAACUGCAACGCUGUUGGGUUUUUCAUGCUCAACAGUUUCCCGUGUGUAUCAAGAAUGGUCCACCACCCAAAGGAGAUCCAGCCAACUUGGCACAACUGUGGGUAGCAUUGGAGUCAACAUGGGCUAGCAUCCCUGUGGAACGCUUUCAACAUCUUGUAGAGUCCAUGCCCCGAUGAAUAGAGGCUGUUCUAAUGGCAAAAAAAAGGGGGGGGGGGGGGGUGGUGUUUUUAAUGUUUUGUACACUCAGUGUAGACAACUUAUUUUAAACCUAUUUUGCACAAUUUAAAUGUCCUUUCUUUUCUUGUAGUCACAGGAGUUAAAGUUAUCCGUCACUGCAAGGGAUUUCCGUCAUAUGAAUUCUUUUUUGUUGUUGAUAUUUUAGAUUUUUAGAUGUAUUUCCAAUUUUGAAAAUGACUGGAAUUGAUCAAACUCAAAGUUGAAUACAUUUACAAAAUGAUCCUCUUUCCCAUAAAAGCAUGGUCAUGACUUUGCCCCGCUGACAAUCAAUCUGAGAUCCUUAUGUUUUAGUCAUGGGAUUGUUUUUUUUGCUUUAACCCCUGUAGUCAGUCAGUGGCCUAUUUUCUUUUAUGCUCAAGAUUUUGACAACAUAUUCAAACAGAUUUUGCUCCGUUUAAGUGCCUUUUCUGUUUCUGCAGUCAAUGGCCUUUAAAAUGUAUUACAAGCUAACGUUUGUGUUGACUGCACCCCAGGUAUCUGAGCUCUCUCGUGGAGACCAUCCUGAUUUACCAGCACUUCAAAAAGCCCUCUGUGGAGCAGCCGCCGCCCAAACAGGAACUGGUGGACUUCUGGAUGGACUUCCUGGUGGAGGCCACAAAGAAAGAUGUCUCAUCUGUCCGCUUCCCAGUAUGUGUCCCUGGUGUGACUGCCACUGAGCCCCAUGCUCACUCUGCCUUCCUUCCUGGCAUUCUUCACUGUUCAGACUUGACCUUGACAGUUAGACAUAUACUGUACAUACAGAAACCAUAACAAUGGCACCAACUGACGCAGUGUUCCUAGACUGUUUAUUUCUCUGCUUUAUUGUGAAAUGUCUCGGUUCGAUUGGUUGUCCUCUUUUCCAGGUGUUGAUAUUGGAACCCACUAAAGUCUAUCAACCUUCUUACUUGUCCAUAAACAAUGAUGUGGAGGAGAACACUGUCUCCAUCUGGCAUGUUGCCCCUGAUGACAAGGUCAGUUACUGAUCACAGGAAGAGUGUCUGACAACUGCCUUGUGCCUUUUGCUUUGUGAUUUUUCUUCCACUGGAAAGUGUCUCAGAAAAGAAGUCUGUCUAUGUCUGUCUCUCUCUCUGCACUGACACAUUUUGCUAAGUCAUCAGAGUUACAUUUUGAGGUGUCAGUCAUCAUUAUAUUUUCUGAGGUUCAUGUUUUUCUGAUCUCUAACAGCACAGGGGGAUCCAUGAGUGGAACUUCAGCGCUAUGUCAGUACGGGGUGUCAGGUUAGUGAUCUCACAGCUGUCCUGAUCUACACAUUCAUUGUAAUAUAUGGGCAGUAAGGUCACUGCUUUCGACUCUCCUUCUCUUUCCCUUAUGCCAACAACAUAACCGAUGAUAAUGUGGCCUCAUGGUUCUCAAGGCAAUAUUAGUCAGAGACGGUCCCCCAUGCCUCUCCCUCCUUCAUCCUCCCUGCCUCCCCCUCCACAAAAUAAUUCAAUGGCAGACAGACAGGCCGACUGAUCUUCCACUCUAGAGGGCCUCUGUGAGAUGUUGCUAGGGAACGUAUCUUACUUGGUGCCCACUCACCCUCCAGUGCACUAGGAGACAAUGGCAGUUCCCUCUGCUGCAGCAGUGUGCCAUGGUGGGCUGAAUACAACCACUCAUUCUCUGCUCUGCUCCACUCUGCUCAGCCCUCGCCUCGGUUAGCUGGCUUAGAAUCCCUGUUCGCUCAGCUGAACACUGGUGGAGACUCAACAGUGUGAAUGGGUGUGUGGGAAGGAAUGCUCUGAGUUAUGCUCAUUCUGUCCGAGUUACUGUAACUUGUUGUAUGUGUUUGAAUGAAGAAGAGUGUUUGGUGGUUAGAGACUAUUUUGCAGCUCUGGUGAAAAUGAAAAGCUUCUGCAGUUACCUACUACUGGAAUGAUUUCUCAGAGGAUGAUGGCUACACCCAGACAUCCAGUCUAUGCCAGUGUCCUAUGUCAUGUGAAUUCCCCCAUCUCGUCUCUAACUGUCAACUCCUCUUCCUCAGUAUUUCCAAGUUUGACGAGCGCAGUGCCUUCCUGUACGUGCUAAACAACUCAGAGGACUUCCAGAUCUAUUUCUGCACAGAGAUGCACUGCAAAAGGUCUGUCACUCUUCUGUCUGUGCCGUGACCACUCCAUCUCACCAGCAUGUGAGCCUCUCUCCAAGGAAGUGACUGUACUGUAGAGAUUUACACAGAGCAUAACCAAAGCACAGCCAGCCAGUCUUAUUAGCUCCACAGUGUGAUUCAGUGAGUCAGUGCUGGUGUGAUUGGUCUUUCUCUCAUUGAGCUUUCACACUGUGAGUGUAUGAAAGGGUGCCUGGGCUUAGUGUUCUUUCACAACUGCUCCUGUGACGUAUUUGUAAGUGUGGUAAAAGUUAUCUGGGGUGCUCUGUGUGUUGCAGGUUCUGUGAUCUGGUCAACAGCAUCGCAGAAGAAACAUGGAAAGGCCCAGAUGAGGGGGAAUGUGACACUGAUGCCCUAGAGGUGAGGGAGAAGAGAGGAAUACUCAUUUUCUACACAUAUUAUUUUAUUUAUAUUGUCUCCAACAGGGUUAACCUGAUGUACAUAAUAUGUAUGAAAGGUGUAGGGUGUAGUCAGCAGCGAUUGUCUCUCCGAUUGUUUUCCAAUUCUAUAUAAAACCAGAUAGAGGCAAUGUAAAGUGGAUGGAUAGAGCCAACUUCCUACAGUGGGAAGAUGCUGUUCAUUGUAUGUUUUGCAAUGGAGACCAUCAGAGUGUAGAGCAGGAAAAGCACCUGCUCCUCUAGUCACCUGUUCUCCCAGUGGUGCGAUGGAAACAAGAAUAGCCUGUGAAUAAUUACCCAAAACAAUGUCACACCCUCUUCUAGUCAAACACAAGCAUGGCCCAGAUCAGAUACCCCAACUGGUUUUUGAACCCUGUUUGAUCUGUGCCACACCUUGUAAAACUCACAUUACUCUUUGCUUAGUUAAUACCAUGCAACAACUCUCACUCUAUGGCUCACCUGUUCUAAGAUGUACUGUACCCUGUUAUAACUCUACAUUGUUAUGGCCCUUGAAGUUAACAUGCAACAAAAUGUCAUCUUUAACAUUAUUUCCUCCUCAGUACGACUAUGAGUAUGAUGAGCACGGGGAGAGGGUGGUUCUGGGAAAAGGCACGUUUGGAGUGGUGUAUGCAGGCCGGGACCUUAGCAACCAGGUGCGGCUGGCCAUCAAGGAGAUACCGGAGAGAGACAGCAGGUAGGUGAACAUGUUAAGUGGACUUUCUCCAAAAAGACCCUACCACAAAUCCUCAGCUCCUACCAUUCUCCCUUACAAGUAUUGUCAGAUCAGAUACACAUGAAGUCAUUACACAGGCUACUGUAGUUGACAUAAUAAGCAUCCAUGACACUUUUACGGUCUUUUACGAGGCCCUUUGCUAAUGGAAGGUUGAAUAGCAACAGGUCCCUGUGUCGUUAUUUAAAGUGAGUGAGUGGUUAUUCAGAGCACAACAACCAAAGGGGUUUCCUGAGAGUGAUCAUUUGAUUGGCAGAUCGAAGGGGCGCCAAAACGCUUGUUGAAGUCGUGCUCUGUGUUAGCUCUGCGUUCCUGUGGUGUCCUUUCCCUGGCACACCAAAGUGUUAUAUAUACCGUACACCUGAUUGAGUGACUGGGCAAUGAAAAUAAUUGUGGGGAAGAGUGUCGCCUAGCAACUAGUGUACCAAGCACUUGCGCUGCCUUCCACAACCAUUACUGGUCUGCUCAUUUUUCCACCUAUUCCGGUCUUAUUAUGGGACCCCUUCAGAGCACAAUCAGCCCAGAUGAUUCCUCUGUCAUACAUUGUUCCACUCAUCACAUCACAAGUCAUUAGAGGGCUCUCAUGGGAUAACUCAAAGGUGUCAAGAAUGAUUCUGAAUCACUUAGAAGCAACUCUGGAGUAUCCUCUCGGGGGGGGAAAACAUUGAAAAAGUGUCUCACUAGAAUAGCCAACCGUGUGAUUGAGGGAGAAUGUAUUUAGUCUUAUUUAUGGUGUUCAGUUUGAACAUUUCUCUCUAGAAGAAGAUUGCAGUAGAGUGACAUUUCAUAUGUAGCCAGCUGGUCUGUGUCCUUGUGGUCCUUGUCCUCUGACCAUGGUGUACUGGACUGAGACUGAGUCACUCUGACAUCUCUCUCUGUGAUAGGUUACUGCAAGAUACUAAGUGCAACAGUGCAAUUUCCCGUCUCAUAGUGCCCUGGUCUUUUUUUUUAGAGCGAGAGAGAGGGGAGAGAGAGGGAGAGACGAGAGAGAGAGAGGAGACAUCAUCCUGUCCUUUUUCCUAUUAGAUGUAUCAGUGGAUGUUUAAUCUGUUCUGUCCUAGGUACUCUCAGCCCCUCCAUGAGGAGAUUGCUCUUCACAAACACCUGAAGCACAAGAACAUUGUGCAGUACUUGGGCUCCAUCAGCGAGAAUGGUUUUAUCAAGAUCUUCAUGGAGCAGGUUCCCGGAGGUAAGAGGGCAAAUACAAACACAUACACUCACCGGACAGUUUAUUAGGUACACCCAUUUGGUACCGGGUCUGACCCCCUUUGCCUCCAGAACAGCCUGAAUUCUUCGGGGCAUGGAUUUUACAAGUAGGAAACGUUCCACAGGGAUGUUGGUCCCUGCAGAUUGGACGGCGGUACACUACCGCCACCAGCCUGUACAGUUGACACUAGGCAGGAUGGGUCCAUGGACUGAUGCUGCUUAUGCCAAAUCCUGACUCUGCCAUCAGCAUGACGCAACAGGAAUCGGGAUUCGUCGGACCAUGCGGUAUUUUUCCAUUCCUCAAUUGUCCAGUGUUGGUGAUCGCGUGCCCACUGGAGCCAGCUCUUCUUGUUUUUAGCUGAUAGGAGUAGAAACCAGUGUGGUCGUCUGCUGCAGUAGCCCAUCCGUUACAAGGAUCGACGAGUUGUGCGUUCCGAGAUGCCGUUCUGCACACCACUGUUGUACUGCGCCGUUAUUUGUCUCUUUGUGGCCCGCCUGUUAGCUUGCACGAUUCUUGCCAUUCUCCUUCGACCUCUCUCAUCAACGAGCUGUUUUCGCCCACAGGACUGCCGCUGACUGGAUGUUUUUUGUUUGUCGCACCAUUCUCGGGAAACCCUAGACACUGUCGUGCGUGAAAAGCCCAGGAAGGCGGACGUUCUGAGAUACUGGAUCCGCCGUGCCUGGUACCGUCGAUCAUACCACGCUCAAAGUCACUUAGGUCAAUCGUUUUGCCCAUUCUAAUGUUCAAUCGAACAGUAACUGAAUGCCUUGAUGCCCGUCUGCCUGCUUUAUAUAGCAAGCCACGGCCACGUGACUCACUGUCUGUAGGAGCUAACCAUUUUUGUGAAUGGGGUGGUGUACCUAAUAAACUGUCAGGUGAGUGUUUAUUAUCCGAGUUAUGUAAUGGACUGAAUCCACUACUGUCCUGCUGCUAGUGAAGCAGAAUGUAUUGAUAUGUAUUGUACUUUGGCCUGUGGUUUGUAUCCAGGAAGCCUGUCUGCUUUGCUGAGGUCUAAAUGGGGCCCUCUGAAGAACAACGAACCCACCAUCGGCUUCUACACCAGACAGAUCCUGGAGGGGCUCAAAUAUCUCCAUGACAACCAGAUCGCUCACAGAGACAUCAAGGUGAGCCUUGGCUUUUUCCUCUACCGCUGCUCGAUUUCAAAGCCUUUGAUUGGCCAUUGUACAGUAUGCGCCUGGCCAAUAGGGAGGCCACAUUCAUGUCAGGGGUACAGAAAUGAUUUGAUUUGUAAGUGGCGCCUGGCUCUGGUAAAAAAAUACUUCCCCUUAUCAUCCUACAGGAAGGUUAAUGUGACAUAACUCAGUCUCAGUCAUAAUAAAACACACUGAGCACACUCCCAUCCCAUAAUAUAAAAAAUUGUUUAGGUUAGCAUACUCUUCAUCCUACACCCAGGACAAGAUAGGCCUCUAAAUUCUGCCUCAUUUAACAAUAGUGUCUAAUAAAAUGACCUCAACGGCCAUUCACAUCAAUGUUAAUAGUCUUGUUUUGGAUUGGAGGUUGUGAAUAUAGCCCACUGUAACAACUGUUGCUGAUUGCCUUCUAGGAAAUACGUUAGAUUACCAGGCUGUUAUCAUAGUCAUUUGGGUUAAGGUUAAGGAAUGGAGAUUACUUGGAAUGUAGCUCUUUUCUCAUCCCAUCUGUUCUCUUUACAUCCACAGGGUGAUAAUGUGCUUAUAAACACAUAUAGUGGAGUUCUGAAGAUAUCUGACUUUGGUACCUCUAAACGACUGGCUGGGAUCAACCCCUGCACUGAGACUUUCACUGGUAUGUUCUGGUCUGCCUGACUGGGUUUAGAACUACCAACCUUCCCCUCCCUACAUUGUAAACAUGCCUUGAUGGAACAGGAUGUUUGAAAAUGUGCUGGACCAUCAACCCACAUAGUGAUCUCACUCACUGUUUACAAUAACUUUAGUUUUGUCCCAAAGAAACUAGUUGUGUUGUGUGCUUGAGAAUUGUUUUUGUAAAAACACCAGCAAAUCAGCUCCAAGUGAUUUUCAUUUGGGAAAUCUGUUUCAAAGUAUUUGCACGCAUAAUAGAGAGAUAUAUGUAGCCGUAUACAAACAUAAGCAAGGUUUGAGAUUAUUAUGUUUUAAUCAAAUAUUAUAUCUGUUUGGGCUUCUUUGGGUCAAUUUGUGGUCUACAAAUGAUUUAUAAAUAUGUUCCAGCCCCCUGAACAUCCGCUCAAGAAAAAAUCGGCCCGCGGCUGAAUCUAGUUGAUGAUCCCUGCUGUAAAUUAUAUAUCUCAAAAUAGCCUGACGUUUCUAUUCAGAGUGCUGUUUGGUGAGAGUUUAUGGUCAGGGUUCCAGGGUUAUGGCAGUGUUGACAUUGUGGGAGCCAAUGGUAGCACAGCUUGACCUCUUUUGUUAAGAUCAGCUGAUUGGAGCAUAGAGAUACGCCUUUUCAUCUUCAAACCAUUCCAGUACAGUCAGUUUCUCCUGUUUAAAUUGUACUCCAAUGUGUCUCUCCCAGUUUCACCAUAGCACUUAGCUUACCUUUUAAAAGCUCUAUAAAAGCUCCUCUGACAGUAGGCUAUAAUUAGACUCAUCCAGGUUACUAUAGAGCCAAAGUUCACCCUCCCUAAAACCUGAUUUGCUUGUAUCAGACCUGAUAUGCAAAUUCUACAAAUGCAACUUGUAACUAGCAGCUAUGAUUUGUAUAAUUUCCUGUCUGUUUGGUGUGUUGUUGUUUUGCAGGGACACUACAGUACAUGGCCCCUGAGAUCAUAGAUAAAGGCCCUCGAGGAUACGGCAAGCCUGCUGACAUCUGGUCUCUUGGGUGCACCAUCAUUGAGAUGGCCACUGGGAAACCACCCUUCUACGAGCUGGGGGAACCACAGGCCGCCAUGUUCAAGGUCAGAGUUCAGAGGUCAACUAAUGUUCAGUUUAUUGACCUCAGUUCACUUUCCACCGGAUGAAUGGUGUUUUUCUCUGGCUGGCUAAAAUUGUAUUAGUAGCACUAUCGAAAUGAUUAGGCUUUGAAUGAUGAGUCUAACCUCAUUCUGUUGUUCUUUGUGAUUUAUGGUUUUGCUGACCUAUUUCUAUCAGUAGUGGAGUCAGAUACGGAAAUAGAUAGCUAUCUUUACAUGCCUCUAGGCACAUUUGUACCAACAAGUUGUCAAGUGAUUGAAUUACAGGUUAGACAUAGUACCUAGAAAUAGAAUUUGUGUGCAGUACCGUCUAUCCUUUGUGUGUUUUAAGUGUCCAUUCCACUAAUGAGCCCUUCUCAAGCUUUUUCCACAUGUAUUCAUCUAAAGUGGAAAUUUUAAGUGUUACCCUCAUCAGCAAUAGCACAAAGGCUAUGUCUGGGCAUAUGUAGUCUAUUAAAAACUGAAGCUAAUGAUCCAACUGGGUGGUCUGUGGAGCGUGAUGGAGAUCAUGUUGAAUGCAGGCCAGAAGCAUGGACAUUUCCAUGCAUUUUAAUUGAAUUACAGUAGUAAAUUGCUGUGCAUUCACACGUCGUAAUGUGCAUUUUCCAGUGUUUAUAAACCACUUUUCCGUACCAGAUUGUAUAGAUCUGUAAUGUAACACAUGUAACCACCUAUUAAACGACAUUCAGCAGCUAUUCUGUCUGUCUCAUCCUGUGUGACUUAAAGUGCAAUCUCAUCAUUGGUCAAUGCUUUUACUAACACUGUCAUCUUUCUACGCAAUGGCUUACAUGAGAAACGACCAUUUAGAGUAAUUUCUCAUCUAUACUGUUGUACAGAUGAGAACAUUUGGCAACAAUCCUCAAAUAAACAUUAUUUUGGAAUGUCUCCACUGGGAGGGGCAUUACAUUCCUAAUCUCAAGCCGACAUUCCGGAUCAAUGUUGGGAAUUUCUAGAGUGCCUAUUAUCAGAAGUGCUACCGCAUUCGUCCUUCACUGUUGCAUUGACUUCCUGUACUGUGAUGGCAUGAGCACGCCUGCAUAGUGUUACAGUGCCACAGAGCUAUGGGUUACAAGAGAUCAGUUUACCCACCAUUAACUAAAGUCACCUCAAUCAACCCAACUCUCCUCUUACUGACUUUCUUCUAAGUGACUGCCCUCUCUGAGGUCCCCUUGGUCCUGUAUGCUCUUAUCUUUAGCAUGACUUGGCUGGGUGAUUUGGUUAGGUCACUCAACUUAGCUCUGUGUUUUGAAUUCAGGUUAGGCCCUUAGAUCUAACAUGACUGGGUUUUAUCUUGGCUGUAGCUGCAGGUUAGGCCCUUAGAUCUAACAUGACUGGGUUUUAUCUUGCAAGUUUAUCUGCAAGUUAGGCCCUUAGAUCUAGAAUGACUUGGCUAGGUCACUUGACUUAGUGCUGUAUCGUGACUUUGCUGCAGCUGCAGGUUCUUACCUCAAGCAUGACUGUGCUGUUUUAUCUUGGCGACAGGUCGGCAUGUUCAAGAUCCACCCUGAGAUCCCAGAUUCCAUGUCCAUGGAGGCCAAGGCCUUCAUCCUGCGCUGCUUUGAGCCCGACCCCGACCAGAGGGCCACCGCCCUGCACCUGCUCACCGAUGAGUUCCUCACCGUCACCAGCCGCAAGAAAAGGGGCAAGAGCAGCUUCACAGGUAGCUAGGACAAUGCUUCACUGGUCAAUCAGUGCAGUAGUUAGUAGAAUAUAGAUAUAUAUAUGAAUAGAUAGACAAUUGCUUCUAGAUCCUUUGUUUUAGAUACUUUUUGUUUCUGUUCUAUGUUUCUGCACAAUCCAUACUUAUCAUUGAAUAAAAAAUCUCUGUUUUUCUCCUCAGCUCUGACACCUGCAGUUUCAGGUGAGUCCAUUUGAGCAUCUGUCUGUGCUUCCUCCUCUUUAGAGUACACUGAGUCUGAGCCCAACGACAUUAGGCUAACCAUGUUGACUACCCUACCCUGAGAUGAUACCCUCACAGAAGUAGGACUGUAAUGUCAUUUCCAUGUAGUGUCCCUAACAAGUUGUUCGCUCUGCUUUUCUUUGUGUAACAGUGGUGUAACUGUGCCUGUACCCGUCUCUGUGCCCUCCAGAGUACCUGCGCAGCAUCUCCCUGCCAGUGCCUGUGGUGGUGGAGGACACCAGCAGCAGCAGUGAGUACGGCUCCGUCUCCCCUGAGAACGACCUCAACACCAACCCCUUCAUCUUUAAGCCCAGCACCAAGUGUUACAGUGAUCGGGAGGUCAAAGGAACCCGCUCCCUGUUCCUUAGGUAACACAACAUACAGUCAGCACCAUAUGUAUUUGGACAGUGAAGCUAACAUUUUAAAUGUGGCUCUUUACUCCAGAAUUUUGGAUUUGAGAUCACAAAAACACACUAACACUGCACCUCUACCAUCUCAAUUAAUCUGACAACAAACAGUUCUGGAAAAACACAAAUCUGGAGGAAACUUAUGGUAAGAGACAAAGACAGACGCUCUGUAUAUUAUCUGGGCAUAAUGGACAACGUUGGUAUGUUGUAUACCCGUGGAGUACAUUAGUUCCAGAUUAAAUCAUGUUUAUACCACGGUUGCCAAAGAAUAUCCUGUAAUAUUUGUGAACAUUAUUAUUGUCCAAUACAAAUAUGUUGUCAAAACAUUUUCACUGAGGUCUCUCUAAUCUAAUCUGUGUUCAACCUGUGUUUUCUCUCCGCACCUUAGCACACUCACGCAUACACCCACACACCCACACAGAUAUACACUCAUCCACACACACAUUCAUGCUAAACACACAUCACAACUGCUGCUACCAGACUCUUGUUAUUAUUGCUAAAUGCUGGACCAUUUUAAAUAAUAAUAAUAAUAAUAAUAAUAUGCCAUUUAGCAGACGCUUUUAUCCAAAGCGACUUACAGUCAUGUGUGCAUACAUUUUUUGUGUAUGGGUAACACUUGCCCCCCAAUCCCCCCUUCCCCAAAACACAUGUAAAUAUUUGACUAUAAAUUGUGCCUUCCUGCAAGUAAGCAUUUCGUUGGACAGUGUAUACCAACUUGAACUUUAUUAUUCUCUUAUACAAAUAUGUUCUAAAACAAAUGUCACUGAGGUCUCUAAUCUAACCUGUGUUCCCCACCAGUAUCCCAGUGGAGAACUUUGAGGACCACAGUGCUCCUCCGUCUCCUGAUGAGAAGGACACUGGGUUCUUCAUGCUGAGGAAGGACAGCGAGAGGAGGGCCACUCUGCACCGCAUCCUCACUGAGGACAGAGACAAGGUGGUGGCCAACCUCGUGGAGGCUCUCAAACAGGUCAGUUAGCAUCUAGUCUGGUAGUGGACAGGGAAAGGGUUGGCCUUGGUCCAGUUCUGUUUUGCCCUUGUGUGUCACUUGUCAUGACAAUGACAGUAGGAGUUGGCAAGACAGCACAAACAGAUCUGGGAACAGGUUAGAAGAGGGACUGUCUCAGAGUAAAACAAACCUCUUAUCAGCUGCACUCCUCUCUUCUCCUUCACCCUCCUCUCAUCGCCCCUUCUCUCCAUCCUCCUCUCCUGUGUGUGUGCAGGGUUCUGAGACAUCCGACACCAAGUUGAGACAUCAGCAUAUCUCCACCCUGGUGGUCAGUCUGGGGGAAUUUGUGCGCAUGACGGACAGGAAGAUCAUAGCCAACACCCUCUCCCAACUCAAACUGGAGCUAGACUUUGACAGCACAGCCAUCAGCCAACUACAGGUGGUGCUAUUCGGGUUCCAGGACGCAGUAAGUGCUCUUUCUUCACCUAUUAGUAGGUCUCUCUAUAAGCAUUAUAAAUGGCCUAUGAUGAUUAAAAUAUCCCAUUGUCUAUUUAUCCACUGUGUAUGGCUUGGAAUUAAAAUAGUCCUUGUAUAGACCAAAGGCUCUGGAGACAUUGAAGUAUGAUUCAAGGGGGAUUCUGUGAACUGUUCACAGCUGAAUUAUGUCGCCAUGCUGCCAUAGUUUGAACAAACACAUCAGACAAUUGACUGUGAAACACUUUUGACCUUUAAGAAAAGGUAAUAAAAGGGAAAUCUGUCCGCUUAAUUGCACAUCAUGUAAAGGGGCUGAUUAUGCCCUCUGCCUCACAAAUACAAUUAUGCAAAUGGAACUGUUGCCUGUAGCAGCCUGUCAGAUUUGCAAGAAGUAUUACGUAACGCUCUCUGUCAAUAAUGAGCUCUGAUGCCCCCUAGUGGAUACAUAUGAAACCAGCUCUGGUCUAUAGAUUAAAAAAAAAUAAUGUUUUAGUCAUUUAGCAGACGCUCUUAUCCAGAGCGACUUACAUGAGCAAUUAGGGUUAAGUGCCUUGCUCAAGGGCACAUCGACAGAUUUUUCACCUAGUCUGCUCGGAGAUUAGAACCAGCGACCUUUCGGUUACUGGCACAACGCUCUUAACCACUAAGCUGUCUGCAACAGAUUAUUAUCAAUGCACGAAGCACACUUGUUUUUCACAGUUGGAUUUUCCAGAAUGCAUGGCUUUUUAUAAAUGUCAGUCUCUCUUUUUUUCUGGGAAAUGCUUGUUCCAUAGGCUAAAUAUAGGGGGAUAUAAUCAUCUUACAAGGCAGCCACCACACGCAAUGUAAGCCUGUUGUCCUUUCCACUAAUGUACCAUGUAGAGGAUGCAUAGGUGCAGUAUGUGUGUGUGGAUCAGCUGUUUAUUAAUUGUGUGUGUGUGUGUGUGUGUGUGUGUGUGUGUGUGUGGCCACUCCAGGUAAACAAAGUACUCCGAAACCACAACAUCAAGCCCCACUGGAUGUUCGCCCUGGACAAUAUCAUCCGUAAAGCGGUGCAGACUGCCAUCACCAUCCUGGUGCCAGGUAAUAGCAGUGACUCCAGCCGCAGAGUUUUAAAUGAGUUAUUAUGCCCCCUAGGGCCCAGGACACUGUUUGUUAAUUAAAGAUAGGAACUUGACUUUGAACAGAGCCCCAAUUUAAUCGUAACUUAAGGUUACUUUUGUAACUCUGGUUCUCUGAAAAUAUGAGUGAGAUGUAUCACUAUGGGGAUCUCGGAAGGACCUAUCAAAAGCGUCUGUUGGAGACAUACAGGUAGUGGCAAAUGAGGUGAGCCCCUCACUUCCUUAUAAGGAGCCACUCUCCCACCCUCUGGUCAUUCUCAAGCAUGCUUCUCUUCCUCUGUUUAAUGAGAUAUGUCCCAAAAACAGUGCCCAAAAGGUAACCUCUGUAAGAGAGGGCCCUAUGAGCGAAGAGCAUAACACCCUUGCCUGAGCUCUUGUUCAAUACAAGUAGACGUGCAAACUGGACAACGAAGGGGGCCAAUGCCACAGGAAAGACGACAGGCAAGGUGCAACAAUUAGAAAAUGUCGACCUGGGUCAAAGUAUGGCGUUAGGUACAUUAACCUGAAAAAACCCUGGGCAGACUGUGGGCGCAAACAGUGGCUGGUAGUGUUGGGGAAGCUACUCUGAAAAUAUAGUUUACCAAUGACUUCACACUGGAAGAAGUUAAGCUGCACUAAAGCUACCCUUAAGAAAAAUAUAGUUUACUUAACUAAAGUUACUUUUAAAAAGUAGUUCACUACAUCCAAACUACUUCGUGAAAAAUUAUCAUAUGUAAAUCUGAAAUGUCAUAUACUACAAUCUGCACGAAUAGAUCACUUUAGGGUCAUAUGUUAACAGAAUGUGUAUUUUAGCCUAAUAAACACAAAAACUAUGUUUCAAGUGAGAAUUAGCCAGAUCUGAUGUUGAAAAAGAAAGGAAAUGAUUGCCUACAGUGUGGUUCCAGUUAGUUACACCACUACAUGGCAAAAAAGUAAUUAACUACUGAAUACUACACUCUGGGGGGAAAAAAGGGUUCCAAAAAGGUUCUUCGGCUGUCCCCAUAAGAAAACCCUUUUUGGUUCCAGGUAAAACCCUUUUUGGUUCCAUGUAAAAGGUUCCAUGAAGAACUAUUUUGGGUUCCAUGUAGAACCCUCUGUGAAAAUGAUACCACAUGGAACCCAAAAGGGUUCUACCAGGAACCAAAAAAGGUUAUUCAAAUGGUUCUCCUAUGAGGACAGCCGAAGAACCCUUAAAAGUUCAAGAUAGCACCUUUUCUUUCAAAGAGUGUAGCUAGAUUUGAAUUCAGUUCAACUACCACCAAGCUACUGCAAAAUGUAGUUAAAUUACUAGUUGAACUACAUGUAGUUCACUACUUCCCAACACUGCGCUUAGGGAUGCCAAGGGCAGUAGUAAAGUGAAAGAUGGAGCAAUAUUACAUCUCCACGCUUCUCAGUGGCUAGUAGCUGCUGUGAAAGUAUCUUAAGCACAAUAGACAUGUCCCAGGACUAGCUAAAGGCUUAGAGACGUGCCCCCCCCCCCCUAGAAACUACAUAACAGUUAUGGAUUACUGUUGGGGCCUUGGCACACUGAUAAAGCGGCUAGAGGACCUUAACAAUGACACAAGCACAGGACCAUGGAAAGUGUAGGAAGGAACAAUCUGUUAAGUCAUACCACUUCUCCAAGAAAAACACAACAACCUUAAAAAGAGAGAGUGCAUAAGGGGGCUGGCACUCUCUUCCAAGAGUAGGCUAUAAACCCUGCAUUACGAUAGCUGCCAGGACUGGUCGUGAGCCGGGUGUAACUGCUGAUGGAAAGUCACAGGUCAUCAAGGGGCCCGAAGAUGAGGUGGAGGCCCAAUUCCCUUGCUCUGUGUUGAUGGAAAAGGGAAGGUAGGCAGCAUAGUAGGAAAAGCAUACGGCAUCACCCUAUUUUCUAGGGCUGUGACGAUACCAGUAUCACAAUAUUUUUUCCAUGGCAAAAAUGUAAACACGAAGCAGACCAAACUCUUUGGCUCUUUAAAACCCUGCUGUAUGUCAAAUAUUGUUGGGGCGAGAUGCAGGAACCAGCAGGCUGCCACAGGGCCCGGGUCUGCGGGGCAGGCAGAAGUUGAAGGCUUCUGCCGCAUGAACAACUCAUUGGGUGUCACUGGGGCAUCCAGGAGGUCCACCUUUACUUUGUCUGUUAAGCUGGAUAAGCUCAGCCAAAGUGCCCUUUCUCUCACCACUGCUAGGCUCAUGGUACGACCACAGGCUUGAAUGGCACUAUGGGAGGCACUGAGAUUUAGGUCUGUAAUCCUACAGAUCUCCCAAGCAUCUGGCCUUGGGUGUCCUGCUCCAGUUGCUUCCCCACCUCAUCCAGUAGCUCAGCCUGAUAAACCAACAAUAAAGGUCACAUUGAGAGCUUCGAUUGCUUGGGCCGAGGCCUUGUACGUUUUCUGAAAAAUGGAGGCAGUAAAGCGCUCCGUCUUUCUAGGGAGUGAGGUGCUGAUGUUGUUAGUAACAUGGCGUGAGGGGCUGAGGUGGUAAGCCAGUGACGGCUCCACCGUGGGAGGGUUGCCAAACCCAGAUUCCUCCAUAUUUUGCAUGUUGAGCAUGUCCAGGCUCGGAGUGCCCCUAGCAUAAAAUCUUGCUAGUGAGGGUUUUGUCCCACGAGCUCUUAUCUUUCCUGAGGCAAGCAGUUGUUUUACCGGGGCUGUAUGAGAUGGGAGUCGCUUCCCGUCGUAUAGGUCCCUUAACGGUCCCGAGCCGCUACGGGAGACAACCAUUUGGGAGACGGCCACCAAACUCCAAUGGAGUAGGGGGCGGCUUCACUGCUCUCAUGGCCGUCAGACCUGCGGGCCUGAGAGGGCAGGCGAACCGGGUCGUUAGCCCCCAUCUCCUUAGCUAUCUCAAGGAUAGAUGUGAGAUUAAUCUCAUUGUCAUCCUCGUCACCCCCUAGCUCACUUUCCCUGACACUACAUCGUCAGACAGUGAGUGGAGGGAGUCGAGUCUAUCCAUGAUAGCCCCAACUGGGCUCGGUUAUGGGGAGCUGAGCCUCAGCUUUCGCUGUUGGCUCUGAAACGAGGGGCUAUUGAGAUAGAUGCUCAUUUAAGCCUCCUCCUCUGACCUGCCCUAGUCAGCAGUUUGCAGUGCUCACAGCACUCAGGUUCGUCAAACGCCUCUUGGGUAUGUUCCUUUCCCAAUCAAUUGAUGCAUUGAGGGUGGGAAUCCUUCUUCGCAAUCAUGGAACCGCAAGCACAAAAACCUGGGGGUUCAAGUGCUAGGCUCUUCCUGGGAUGGGAUAGCAGUGGCCAUUGUGAGGAACAAGGCUUGCUAGGAGGAAAAAGCAACGCCUGUUGAAAGAACAACGAGCAGACGGCUUGGGCUAGUUAGAAGCCUUGCGGCUGGUGGCUAGCAAAAGGUAUCUUGUGUAAAUGGUGUUAAAAGCUAGCUAGUUAGAAGCCUUGCGGCUAAUAACUAGCGAUAAUGAGCACAGUAGAACGCUAUAGCCGUGAAGCUAGUGGGGCCAUAGCUAGCUAGCAGCUACCUUGUGGUGAAGGUGUGCCAUAGCUAGCUCAGUGCUGGCUGAAGGAAACCAUGUGGGGGUAGAGUUAGCCUUCGGGUAGUGUGGUCCCGCGACCGAAGGAGCCGUGAGGCUGAGACGGUCGGUCUAGUUAACACAAAUGGGUGAACGUAGGUUAAGCUAGACAUCCAGAAGGGAGCUAGCAAUGUUACCAUGUUGCAGGUAGGGAAUGCUAGUGAGGUUAGCUUGCCUCUCAGCGAGCUAGCCAAGUUAGCCUUACAGUGUGGGCUAACUGAGUCUCAACAGAGACUGAGAAGUAUAAAAGGAUUUCUACUCAAGCAAAAACCUUUCGGUCCGUACUCAACAUCUCAAAAGGGUCUGAAGGCCUAUGCUCGGUUUGCUUGUAAGCAGUUAAGCAGGAAAACAGGGAUCCAGUCGUGCUGAGGAGAGCUAGAAAGCAAUGCUCUUCGCAAGGAAGAGAAGCGAGAAUGACCAGAGGGCGGGAAAGUGGCUCCUUAUAAGGAAGUGAGACGCUCACCUUAUUUGCCACUCUAGCUGUCUGUCUCCAACAGAUGCUUUUGAUAGGUCCUUCCAAGACUUGGUGUUCCGGCGAAUCCCCAUGGUGAUACAUCAAAACGAGAACAGAGAUUUGCAUUUAACAAGAAUAUUGAAUGACUGUAUCUACUAGUCAGAUGCCAUUAUAACAAUUGCAUUUGAAAUAUUAUUGUAGUCAUAGACUGAUCUUUAUUGAGGCUUGUGAUGUUGCUGUCUUUGUUUCAUGUUACCCUCUUUCAAAGUGCAGUUUAGCUGUUGCAUAUGAACUAGUUUUCAUGCUAUUGCUAGUAUUGCUGUAACAGUGUAAUUAUGUAUCAUGUGUCCUUACCCAGAGCUGAGGCCCCACUUCAGCCUGGCCUCGGAGAGUGACCCAGCCGACCAGGAUAACGUUGACGAUGACGUGGAGCCUGAGGAUACCUCCGCCCACCAGAGCAGAGCCCCUCCAAACACUGCCCCUGACGACACUGUCGCCACUUCCGGCGUGAGCACACUCAGUUCCACCGUUUCACACGAAUCCAAUAAUGCCCAGCGCUCUGUCACCAUGGAACUAGGCAAGAUGAAGCUGGAAACCAACAGGUGGGUCGCUGUGCGGUCAUAACCAUGACAACGACUGUCAGACACAAAAGCAGAGAUUUAUUCCAAGAAGUCAUGAACAACCUUUGCUAUUACCACCACAUCUGUGAUGAAUUAGUAACAGAUAUUGCCUGUAGCUUCACAUUGUUUCCUCACCAAUGUGAAUUCUGUUAUGUAGAAAGACCCCAACACAGAGGAGAAAAUGUGUUUACUUUCAUCAUAGCUAUCGUUGUGCCUGCAGUAGCCAUGUCUAGUAGUAUUGUGCUACCUCAUUGAAUGACCCGAUGUCCCCCCCCCCCCUCCUCUCUCCCUGCUGUGUCGCCCCAGGCUGAUGGAGCAGUUGCUGGAGAGGGAGAGAGAGUACCAGGCCAUCCUCCAGCAGGUCCUGGACGAGAGGGAAGAUGGGAUCAAACUACUGAGGAUCUGCUCAGAGCACAUCUGUGAGCACAUCUCAACAUACACUACACACCUCCCAACAAACACUACACACCUCCCAACAAACACUACACACCUCCCAACAAACACUACACACCUCCCAACAAACACUACACACCUCCCAACAAACACUACACACCUCCCAACAAACACUACACAAAUCCCAACAAACACUACACACCUCCCAACAUACACUACGGACAAGAGCAUUAAAAAGACUGCUUUUUAAAGAACUAAUGGAAAUAUUUGUACAACAGAUGCAUCAGGAAAUAGACAAUGCAUAUUCUUUGCUAUGUCUAAUAUGAUUGGUUAUAUGGAUGAUACAUGGUUGAUGUUAAAGGGGCUAUCCGCAGUAGAAACAAUAACAAAUUGAACUUCCCGCCACUGUUUUGGUUAAAAGGCUGGAGAAAUGUAUCCACUCUCAAAUUCAUAGACAGAGCUAUGGAUGCAAGCACUGACCAUCCAUGAUAUAAAAAUUAUAGUUUAACCAUGUUUUGAGGCUAUACAGUGUUUGUUUACAUUCAAUUUGUUUACAAACAUUGGAGUAAAACAAGCUUUUAUUUUGGGUUAUGAUGUAGUACGACAGUUGAACUAAGCUUAUGAGGCAUUUAUAAGUUAAGAUUAAAUGGGUACAUAUCAUAAAUAUUACAUUUGAAAUGUAUGUAGCAACUGCAGAUUGCCCCUUUAAUAGUUGGACAUGUACUUUUGUGUGUGACAGAUAUGCCUACAUUAUCAGUGAGCCCAAGGAGCAAGUCCACUAUGAACCAUGGGGACCCAGAGCUUAUCAAGUGGCUGAAACUCCAUGGAGCUGACGAUGACGCCAUGGAUAGGGUAGGUCCUGAGGCAGUUCCCCUCCCCCGGCCACAUCUGUUUUAAAUGGGUACAUUAUGUAAACAAACUCACUCCCACGUAAUCCUCUCGCACUAUACUACAGUGUGCGUUGUUGUAAAGCUGUUAAAACUAAUGGCUUGAUUUAUAUUUGAUUGAUUAUUGCAUAGUAGGCUAUAUGCAUACUGUAUGUGUAAAGUAAGUCGCUCUGGAUAAGAGCGUCUGCUAAAUGACUAAAAUGUAAAUGUAAAAUGUAAAGCCUUUAUAACAGAUACACAGUUGAGCACCAUCUAUUGGCCACGAGCUUAAUCUAUUUCAUGUACCAAUGAUUUUACCCAUGAUCCAUCUUCCAUUUUGUAGAUUUUGACCGAGGAUUACACGUUGGAUGACCUUCUCCACUAUGUGACGAGAGAUGACCUGAAGAGUUUGAGAUUAAGGUAUAUAACAUACAGUAUUCUCUCCUACACUGUCAAAUACCCAGCCAUGUCAAUGACCUGAUUGAAACCCUGUAAUAUCGUACGUUGUGAUAGUAGUCUGUCUUUAUCUUUCUCAUGUUUUCCUCCUCAGAGGUGGAAUCCUGUGUAAGCUAUGGAAGGCCAUCACAGACUACAGAGAGAAGCCA